AUGACUUCACUACCAUCAAACUACGGCGACCGCCCGGUUGCUGUGCUGGGAGGCGGCGUACUUGGCCGUCGCAUUGCCUGCACUUGGGCAUCCGGCGGCUACAACGUUCAGGUCCGCGAACCCGACUCCAACCAACACCAGCCCUGCCUAGAUUACGUCAAGCAAAAUGUAGACACAUACCCAGCAUCAGGCCGUAAGCGCCCUGGGACCGUCCAAGUCUUCACCGAUCUCGAGACCGCCGUCGCAAACGCCUGGCUCGUCAUUGAAGCCGUCCCCGAACGAAUCCAGAUCAAGACAGACACGUUUGCCGACCUGGAGGCCCACGCACCCGCAGACGCCAUCCUCGCCAGUAAUUCAUCGUCGUACAGAUCUUCAGAAAUGCUCGGCAAAGUCAGAGAUGAGACCAAGACGCGCAUCAUGAACACGCACUACUACAUGCCCCCGCACAACAUGGUCGUGGAGCUGAUGACGGACGGCUUCACGAACCCGGAGAUUUUCCCGUUCAUGACGGAGAGGCAGAAGGAGGUUGGAACGAGGCCUUUUACUGCGCGCAAGGAGUCUACAGGUUUUGUUUUCAACCGGCUAUGGGCUGCGAUUAAGAGAGAGACAUUGUCAAUUCUCGCCGAGGGCGUCUCGAGCCCCGAGGAGAUUGACACCUUGUUUUAUGAGCUCAGCAAGCACGGCAAGGGACCUUGCACGAUGAUGGACGAGGUCGGUCUCGACACCGUCGCCUUCAUCGAGGACCACUAUGUCAAGGAGCGUGGCCUGUCUCCCGAAAACACGGUCGACUUCCUCCAGCGCGAGUACAUCUCCAAAGGCCGGCUCGGCAACAAGUCAUCAAAGGGCGGUCUGUACCCCCAUCUCCCUAAGAUCGUCGCCCUCGACCUCGGUCUUGCAAACGAAAACGACGCUUCGGCCUCUGGACAGGUUCUCCAACUCUCGUCAGAAGGCAAGCUCGAGCGUGUCCUCGUCGACCGGCAACACGUCCCCGACGGUAUCGACAUUGACGCCAACGACACUCAGCGCAUGAUCUGGACGUGCAUGGGUACACCAGGCAAGCAAGACGGCGCAGUCCUCUCUUCAAAUCUCGACGGCACCGACGUCAAGUCCCUCUUCGAGCCCGGGACCAUCAACACUCCCAAGCAACUCGUCAUCGAACCGGCCUCCAAAAAGAUUUACUUCUGCGACCGCGAGGGCAUGAAAGUCUACCGCUCAAACCUCGACGGAAGCGACCUCGAGACCCUCAUCAUUGGCGGCAACGACGCUUCUGAUUUGAAGACUUGGUGCGUCGGUAUCUCCGUCGCGCCGAAGCUGGGCAUGUUCUACUGGACCCAAAAGGGCGCGCCAAAGUCCGGACAGGGCCGCAUCUUCUGCGCGAACAUUGAGAUGCCGGCAGGCAAGACGGCUGAGACGAGAGACGAUAUCGAGUGUUUCCUUGGCGACUUGCCAGAGCCGAUUGACUUGGAAGUUGACGAGGAGACACAUACUAUUUUCUGGACCGACCGUGGAGAGAUUCCCAAGGGCAACACGCUCAAUCGGGCGAAUAUCGAUCCUAUGACGGGAUUGUUGUUGCUGUCUGAGGGGUCCAAGAGGUAUGAGAUCUUGGUGAGACAUCUCAAUGAGGCGAUCGGUGUCAAGCUGGACCAGGAGAACGGACAUGUUUACUUCAGCGAUCUUGGCGGCAGCAUUUAUCGCUGCAAUGUGGAUGGAUCUGAGAAGAAGAAGAUCUUCUCUGACGAUAAUCGCACUAUCUCCGGUAUUGCUGUUCUUCGAAUUUAG